AUGGUUGCAGGAAAUCAAUCGACUGGUCAUAAAAAUCGACCUGCCAAACUACUUCUGUCUCCCGAGGAUCUGCAAGAUACCGAAGACUUGGGAGAUUGUGGCACCUCCUUACAUUCAAGGAUGCCAAAUUCCUCAUGGUUAUCCAAGACAUUGUCGGAAAUCUUGAACGACAAGGAUGCCCUAGGCUUAUUAAUUAAAUACAUGGAUGCAAUAAAAUCGGCCCAACAUAUACGAUUCUGGCUGGAUGCUGAGAGUUUCCAGGCAUCAACAUGGAGUAGGCUACGGACUCAUUCGUUAAAUUCUGCAAAGAAGAGUUUGUCAGCAGGCAAAGUUGUGGACGAGAUUAAGGUAGUGUCACCAAUUGUAGCAGGGGAGAUAACUUCUGAUGAACAGGUCUGUAUGUCGCAACUCUCUAGUAGAUGUUCUAGUCAAAUAGGGGUGAACGAUGAAUGCAGAAAUCGUCGUUUAUCAUCAGGCUUGGAGUCUGUAAAUACAGAGUCUAGUCACAAAAGACAUGGGUCAGACAGUGAGUUGUCUUGUCCCCAACAAAUAGAAACAGAAGGACAGGUGUCUAGUCCCCAUUUAACGCAAAAAGAUGGACAAGUGCCUCAAUCCGAACUGUCAACUGGACACGACAAUUUACCCAGGCUUGGUGCUGUGAUAGGUGAUAGCGAGGGGGCGGAAAGGGGGGAAACAUAUUCCCCGGGGAAGGGGCAGACAGAACCCCCGUGUGAGGCAGAGGAAAUGGACAAACAGGAUAGCUCUACUGUGAUAUCUAGGUCAAGUUCACAAGAAGACGGUGAAAGAAAGAUGAAACGAGGCGUAUCUGUAGAAGAUAUUGCAGAAAAAUUAAAAAGGAGUAUUGAGAGAGAUGCAGUUAAGAUUUUUCAAAAAUAUUUGUCCCAUGAUGCCACAGAUCCUAUUGGUGCUCCAGACGGGCUACGCAAUGAAACCAUACACACGAUUUGCAGGGAAGACGGCCAAGUUGAUCCACAGUGUUUUUCAUCCUGUCAGGAUUUUGUUUUCAAGAAAAUGGAGAAAGAGUUUUACCAGGACUUCGUAGUGAGCGAAUACUACUACAUGCAUCAGAUCAACCUUCUGACCAGUACACAAGUCCACCUAGCUGACGUGUUGUACAAUGAAGGGGCACUCUUCUACUUUAUGGAGUACCUUGAACAGGAAGGGGGCAGCCAUUUUCUCCAAUUUCUUUUAGCCACAGACAACUUUCAGCAGCAUCUCAUGUCUUGUGGUGGUCAGUAUGAUGGGAUGGAGGCUCAACGGGAUGCAAUGGUGCUAUACGACAAAUAUUUUUCUUUGCAAGCUACAGAUCCACUUGGUUUUGAUGAUAAAAAAAGGUUUGAGAUAGAAGAAAAUAUAUGUCGGGAAGAAGGUCCACUUCCGGAGUGUUUUGCCAAACCACGAGAUAUCGUCCAUAAAACUAUAGAGAAGGCAUACUUUAAGGCUUACUUACAGAGUGAUGUAUAUUACAAGUAUCUAUCUGAGCUGGUUAGCACAGUGGAAACAGCCAACUACCCACCUCGACAACGUAAACGCACCGCCAGUGAUGCCUCCUCAGAACACAGCAGUCACAGUGCUGGAAGUGAAAGUCGAUCGUCCAAAAACACCUACCUGGCCACAGACACGAGUCAUCUACGUCACAGCAUGAACAAGCUCGACACUGCCAUGAACCUUGAUCCUGGGCUCCUGAACCCUGACCUUUUAUGGAAAAGACACAGUCCAAAAAUGAGCUUGGGAAAGGUGGACACCCUAGGGGAGUUCGUGUCAGAGUUUGACCCCAACCCAGACCAAGAGAAAGUCAAAGCAUCUGGACUCUUUAAGAGAAAGAAAGCAAAAGAAAAGGAACAAGAAGAUAUGGCAUUAAAGAUAGCCCAGAUGAUUAUAAAUGAUGUGACCUCAGUCACACAGACAAUUGGUGCGCUAAAAAACCCACAGCAAGAUCGGGAUGACGGAAGCUAGCGAUGUGUCGUGACUGCACGCCAAUGUAUGCGGGAGACCUAUUCUGUGUUUUAAAAAGCUUGUAAUCUGUGGUUAAUUGAUCUUCAAUCAUACAACAGUGGCAGAAACUGGUGUAGACUUUAAACAAAAAUUUGAAUUGGUCAAUCUUUAAAGUUUAAAAUAUGCAAAUGUAUUUCAUACCUGUGUGAUGUUUUCUGGCCCGGUUUUCUGGAACUCCGCAUUGCUCGAACAUGUUCGAUUACUUGGUAACACACAUACAGUAUGCAUCACAACAUAUCAUAAUACAUGGAUGGGACUCAUUGGUUUUAUUAACUGAUCAAAUGACUAGGUUAAAACUUCAUUAAGUUCAAAGUUAUUUGUUAGUCUCUGAUGCUAUGAUCAUGUGAUGAAGGUUUUUUGUUAACAGCAUUGUCGUGUUGGCCAUUACAAUUUGACUCGGGUUUUGAGAAAUCUGUGAUGUUAAAUUAGAUUUUUUUUAUUAUUUUUUAAAAGAAAUUUGUUGAAGUUCAGGAAAUGAAGCUUAAC